AUGGCCACACUUUCGUCGUAUUCUAGUAAUGCAUCAUUCAACAAUAUGCCAAGUUCUUCAUUGACCUCUUCCAUAGUAGCCAGAAAUUCGAGGCUCUCUUCACUAAACCCUAUAAGAUCAUCUAAACAAUUACCACCUCCGCCAAUCACCAACCCUAAUCCUAAUCUGCAUUCAAAUAAUAACCCACAUAAAAAUUCUUCAUUCAAUCAGUUUGGCCUCUUAACUCCAGAUGAUUCCGAAAAUUUUGCUUUGACAAGAGUCGACACAAAUAGUUCCAUUGAUUCCCAGUUUUCCGUUCAACUGCAUUACAAAGUAACCUUAAAUUUCAGUAAAAAGGAAAUUGAAUUGGUCAGAUAUACAUGGAACAAGUUGUUGUUAGAAGAGCCUGUAGUUACGAAGAAGUCGGUGCUCCCACAGAUGCCCGGCCAAUUUCCAAUAGAAACCGACUUACAUGUGAAACAUGCUGCAGGCGCGGGAAAUUCUGCAGCAGCCAAUUCUGCGUCAAAGUCUCUCAACUUUGUCAAGCAAACAUCGUCUACUGCAAUGGCAUCAUCUUUAUUCUGUCGUCAAUUGUAUGGUAAUUUAUUACAGAUGGAGCCUAAAUUGGAAAAAAUGUUUCCAUCUGUAAGGCACCAGGCCGUUGCAUUCGCAGGGGUGAUGUCUUUGGCAAUUUCUCAAUUGGAAAAUAUCUCCAAUAUUGAUGACUACCUCACUAAAUUGGGUAAAAGGCAUGCUAGAAUUUUAUGCAUAGAAGCCCCGCAGUUCGAGUUGAUGGGUGAAGCAUUGAUUCAGACUUUCCAUGAAAGAUUUGGUCAGAGAUUUAACCAAGAUUUAGAAAUAUUAUGGAUUAAGUUAUACAUGUACUUGGCCAAUAGUAUGAUUCAAUUUGGUAUGGACCCAAAGUUGAAAUUAAAUAGAACAGAUAACACUGGACUCUCUAGAGACCAUCUUUUUGAACACAAUAAAUUAGACAGCGAUGAAAAUUUACCACAGAGUGAUAACUUUAGUAUGCUCGGAGGUGAUCCUGCGACCAGGUCCACUUCUUACAGUACGUCUGUUGUUUCGACGCACGGAGACUAUUUCGACAACAGAAAGGGAAGUGUGAGCACACAGCAAACUUCGGUCUUGACCAAUCAACCACUGAUGCAGAAUAUACAGGAAGGUGUAGAAUCGACAAAUAUAAGCGCCAAAUCUGGAAAGAAGAAGAAGCUGAGAACUUCCAUAAGAACGAAAACAAAGGAAAAUUGUGUAAUUGUGUAG